AGGAGCCGGUGAGGGACCGGGGGGUCACAUGACUUUGCGGAAGUAGUUAGGCAGAGAAGCAAAAUGGCAGAAGGAGGUGGAGGUGACCAAGGAAAUACACCGCCGGAUCCCAUUGUGGAAGUAGGAGCCGUGCUGUUAAAGGAUUUCAUCUACGAGCGGAUUCAACGGCAUGUAGAUGGCGACGCUGUCGUGACCAGGGAACAGCUGGGCGCAAAGGAGCUGUGUGACCCAAACCAUAAGAAGCUCGCUCAGUGUCUUCAGCAGAUCGGAGACGAACUGGAUGGAAACCUUGAGCUACAAAGGAUGAUCAAUGACUCUGCCCUCAUCCCAACAAAAGACGUGUUCUUUAAAGUCGCCUGUCAGAUCUUUUCUGACGGUAGAUUCAACUGGGGUCGAGUGGUUGCUCUAUUUUACUUUGCCUGUCGUCUUGUCAUAAAAGCUCUUAUAACUGAAAUCCCUGAAAUCAUCAGAACAAUUAUCAACUGGACUAUAGACUACCUCCGGAAUAAUUUGAUCAACUGGAUAAGGGAGCAAGGCGGCUGGGAGGGUAUUCGUUCCUACUUCGGGUCGUCCACAUUGCAGACCUUAGGGGUUUUCCUGGCUGGUGUUCUUACCACCGUUAUAGUCAUACGCAAGAUGUGAGGGCCGUUGGAGAAGCAGGGAGGAGAAAGAUGGGAGGAACUACGACUGAGGUAACAGGAACAAAAGGAUGAUGAUCAGAGGGUCGACAAGAGCAAGUCAAAAAGUUGAGCUUGAAGAACUUGUGUAAGGAGAACCACAAUCCCUGUGAAAGUGGGAGUUGGACUGAAAGCGCUGUUGUACCUGUGAUCGAUGUGCCACUGAGGAGGAGAGCUGUGCAUGAUGCACAAAAGCAGAAGGAUGGGGAGGACUUUAGACUUUAACAAAGAAGGAAAUUUAAAUAAUUUAUUUUUUGCUUGGUACAAAGUCACUGCACUCUGUUUCUUACCCUAAAAGCAAAGUUCAGCUGGAUGAAGAGGGUUCUCUCUGUUAUUUUAGUUGUAGUGCUCUUUCUUUCGUUUUUUUGGUUUUCAUCAUUAUCAUCAUCAUCAUCAUCAUCAUCAUCAUCAUCAUAUCUGUAUGCGAGCCAGGCUUCAUUCAUAUGUAUGUAUGAGUAGUACCUAAUGGAAAAUCUUCAACAAACUGCCACCUACGGACAUAUUUGAUGAUGGUCACAUCAAGUCGAGCUCACAUGGUGUUUCUACAAACAAUUAUUAUGGUUAGAGAGUCGCAACUCCACCGGUUAUAACCAUUAGGUUAAAACAGUUAAUUUGUCUCCCUGUCCUAUCAUAAAUCCAUGGCCUCUUAUUAUGUCAGGGAAUAACAAAAAGUGCCUAAUCAAUGAGCUAUGUUCACAUUUUGUUUACGUUUCAAAUUAAUCCUCCUGUUUGAAAGAAACACAGCCUCACUGAGCUAUUAGACCUACUGAAAAUGCCUGGAUGAAUUUAAACCUUUGCUGUUUUGGGUGGUUUGCAAAGCCAUUACGACCUUAAUGUGACUCCUAUUGAAAAAAUAACAUUUGUUUUGUAUUUGCACAUUGAGCCAUGUGUCAUGAUCCAACAGUUGCUUUGGCCCAUGAAAGAAGUUGUGCUGCAUACUAGGGUUGUCACGAUAUUAAAAUUUUAAACUCGAUACUGAUACUAAACAAAAAUACUUGAUACCGUUAUCGAUACCGCAGUAAAUAAUUUUGAAAGCACAGGGUUCUUUCUAGCUAAGAAAAAGAUUAAAAUAUGACAAUCUUUUACUUUUGUAGCUGGGGCAACACCAAGAAGAAGGGCACAAGUCUGCCCUUAUUUAGAAAAAUAUAGAAUUUAAAAAGGUUACUUGUGCGAUUGGCAAAACGGUAAACAACCCUGAGUAAAAGUGUUGAUAUCUUUUAUGGAACUGUCUAGCUUUGAUUUAGUCAUCCAAUUAUUUUGAUUUAUUAUAAGGGCUUAUCUUUAGUGUACAACUGUGUGCUUCCAUUUUCCUAAUUGCUGUUGAUACAAAUACAAUUUACUACUGAGGGACAAAUAAAGCAUAAUUCUAAACUAA